UUCUGACAGUUGGUAGGUCUUUUUCCGGUCCUCUUUCUUUCACUUUUGGAAACAAGAUGCCUCCAAAGAAGGAUUCAAAGUCUUCGGCUAAACAGCCCCAAAAAACCCAAAAGAAGAAGGAAGGGUCUGGCGGUGGCAAAGCCAAGAAGAAGAAGUGGUCUAAGGGAAAAGUCCGUGACAAGUUGAACAACCAAGUCUUGUUCGACAAGGCCACUUACGACAAAUUGUACAAAGAAGUACCGUCAUACAAGCUGAUUACUCCCUCAGUGGUGUCUGAAAGGCUGAAGGUCAGGGGAUCUUUGGCAAGGAGGGCCUUGAUUGAACUCCAACAAAAAGGUUUAAUUAAGCAGGUUGUCCAACAUAGGGCACAGCUUAUUUACACCAGGACAACUAAGGGAGAUGAUCCAGUAGCUUAGGAUGUGUUUUAUUUCUAAUAUAAGUUAAAAAAAUCAA